AUGAUGAACACGACGGAACAACAAGAACAACAAAUCAUAGUCAUUAAACAAGCCUUUAGUACGGCACUGCGAGAUCUUUUUGAAAAGAAUGAUCCUAGAAAAUAUAUGAGUGUGGUACAAAAGUUCCAUCAACUCAAUCUUCAACAAUUAAUUCUAACUUUUAAAGCCCUUUCACGAAUAGCCUCUGAAAUUGUACAUGCCCGCCCAUCUUCCUCUGUAUCAUCAUCAUCCUUCCAGAAUUCAACGUCGACUACCACUGUAAAUUUUCAAUUUUCCGAUUGCAAAGACUUGGUGCACGCUAUUCUUUCCACAAGUACAAAAGUACUCUGUUCUAACAACAAGGAAUUACAAAACAGUUUUGAUACUCUGUGUUUGGCAUUGUACACUACUUCUGCUUCUUCAAGUAGCACCAUCAACAAUAGUGUUCCUUUACUAGUGUCCAAUAACAAUGCCUUUGAAAAGAAAAGCCGUCCUCCAUCUCAUGAUCCAACUCAAUUCAAAAAAGCCCAUGAUGUAAAAGUUAGCGGAAGUAUUCACGGAAUGAUCAUGUCGUGCAUUGUUGAACAUUUUCACCCUAUUCCAGAUUUUGAACUUCAGCGAAUUGAAGAAAAUAGUGGAGGUAUCAAAUUAACUCGAGAACUCAUAGAAACAAUGGAACGAACUAGAAAACAAAAUGUACAUAAUCUCUUGUACAAAUUACAAAAAAAGGCUACCAAUCAACUCUUGUUUAUUGAUCAACUCAAGGACAAAAUACGGCAUAACUAUCCUCAUGCUUCGUAUUCACUUUCUAUUCAUCGAGCAUUUGUUGGAAAUUUGUUGAGUUUGGAUAAAUAUAUUCCAUCUCUCACAAGUUUUUGUUUCACUUUGGUUGUACAGAGUCUUAUUGAGAUGGAUGCUCAACUUGUUGCUAUGAAUGCUCAGACCGAUGGUUCCAUGUCAGCAUCAUCUGGUAACAAGAAUAGUGAAGGUGUUGACUUGAAGCAUUUAGAAAAUGCAAUCUUUGAUUUUGAGUUUGACGAAUCCAACGCAGAAGAAAUGCGUAUUUAUUGUGCAGAAAAGCUUGACUCAAUAGUCACUGUUCUAUUCGAGUAUAUCAAUGAACGUGCAAACGCUCCUCCUACAUCACCCAUUCAAUUACAACCACGACAGCACAACAAGUACCUUGAGAGUGGAAAUAGUGAAUGUAAAGGAAAGAACGAAUUCAUGGAUUCAAUAUUUCACUCAAUGAUGAUUCUCUUCCGAAGCUUCGUACUCAAUCAAUAUCAACUACAUUCUAUUCAAUUCCUCAUGUUUUACAUUUGCAGCUUCCAUGUCAACUAUAUGGAACGAUUUAUUAGUUUUUUACUCGGAAAUAUUUUCAACAGCCAAAUCCAUAAUGAGGUGAGAAAAUGUUGUGCUGCAUACCUGUCUGGUAUGCUGUCACGUGCCAAAUAUGUCUCAAACACCGUGAUUUUGAAGACAUUAGGUCAACUAUUGAACUGGUGUGACAAGUAUAUCACUACUUUUGAACAAAGCGUCCAAUACUUGGAUGUGGAAACACACAGCCUAUUCUACUCCAUUUGCCAGGGUGUUUUCUAUAUCCUGUGCUUCAAAAUACAUCAAUUAAUUAAGCCAGAAACAGCUGAAGGUGAGGAUAACUCCUUGCUUCGAAAAGAUGUCAAACAAUUAAUGGCAGAGAGUCGACAAUUUUUCUCACAGUCCCCGAUUAAGAAAAUCAUGUAUUCCAAAUUUAAUCCUUUAAAGAUUGUGGCUCAAGACGUGGCAGAAGAAGUUGUUGACGCUUUUUCACGGUAUUACCUUUUUGAUUUCCACCAUGUGUUAGAAGAGAAUCAAAACAUUGUGAUUCCCUUACGUGGUGGAUAUGGAGGUGUGAAUUAUCUUGAAAAUAACUUCUUUCCGUUUGACCCCUACCUGUUGAGACAGUCAGAAAAAUUCAUUCUUCCACAUUAUCAAAAGUGGGAAGGUGGAAAUUAUUCUGGUGUUGAUUUUAGUGAAUUUGGGAAUUUUAAUUCACAAAAUUCCAUCUCAAGCUCUUCACAAAAUAGACAACAGGACUACUAUGGUGGAUCCUCGUCGUCGGUUGGUCACUCGAACAACAUGAUGGAUGAAUGGGAUCGAUUAAGGAACAUGAAUCACAAUUCCAAUCACAGAAACUCGGAAGCAAAUAAUUUUCUUUUCGAGUCAUUGCACUCACCUCAUUCCAAGUCACCUCUUGCCUCUAUGAAACAAGUGAAACGAAGACUGGCUGACUCUUUUGAGGAUGACAUGAUGGACGAUGAUGAUGAAGAACCAAGCUCGCAAGGAAUAUUUGAGUUGUCAGAAGAUGAACAAGAUGAGUAUCAAAAUGAUGGAGACAGUAGUAUUGAUAGUGGAGACGAAGAACCAUUUGAGGCAGAUGAUGAUGAGAUGUAUUACGAGGCAGGAAAUACUGGUAUCAUGAUUCAUGGUCAACAUUCCGGAAGAAGAUCACCUCCUCGAACUAUAAGUAUUGACAGAAAACGAAGUGAAUCCGGAGCAAGUAAUAACAGUCUUUCAAGAAGAAAUGGAAGCCUUUUGGGAAUGUCAUUUGGGUCGGGAAGUUUAGAAGAUAGCCCUGUGAAAUCUCCCUACGGUUGGAAUGCAAUUUCUCUUUCUCCCAAUUACAAAUAA